UCCUCCUUCUCGAGAAAAACAACACCACACUAGUUUGUGUUCCCUCUGUCAGAGAGUGAGAGAACACGAUCACAACAAAGCAUAAGGAAAAGCUGUGACAUACAACAAUGGAGGUUCAGUCUCUGCGAUGCUUCAUCUCCCUCUGCGUUCUGCUCGCGCUGCUUUCAAUUGGCGCCAAUGCAAGCAACUACAACGAGAAACAGAUCACAGAAUCAAGCAAUGUAGGAGAAGCGAAUUCGCAGAGCUUGGAGAAUUCUCCAAUGGCGAAAAGGUCAGAUAAUGAUGAUUCAUCAAAUUUGCAUGCAGUUGAUAAUCCAGAGGAGAUAGCUUCCAUGGUUGAUAUGAGCAUCCGCAAUCACACGGUAAGAAGGAAUCUGAACUUCUUCUCAUGUGGGACCGGGAACCCAAUAGACGACUGCUGGCGCUGCGACCGCCGCUGGUACCUCCGACGCAAGCGCCUCGCCACCUGCGCCAUUGGCUUCGGCCGCAACGCCAUCGGAGGCCGCGACGGCCGGUACUAUGUCGUCACGGACCCGUCCGACGACGACGCCGUGAACCCGAAGCCCGGCACCCUCCGCUAUGCCGUGAUCCAAGACAGGCCUCUCUGGAUCGUGUUCAAGCGCGACAUGAUCAUCACACUCAAGCAAGAGCUCAUCAUGAACAGCUUCAAGACAAUCGACGGCCGCGGCUUCAACGUCCAUAUCGCCCGCGGUGCCUGCAUCACCGUCCAGUUCGUCACCAACAUUAUCAUUCACGGCAUCCACAUCCACGACUGCAUCCAAACCGGUAACGCCAUGGUUCGCAGCUCUCCUUCGCAUUACGGCUGGAGAACCCUCGCUGACGGUGAUGGCAUCUCUAUCUUCGGCGCCAGCCAUAUCUGGAUUGACCAUAACUCCCUGUCUAAUUGCUCUGAUGGGCUUAUUGAUGCCAUCAUGGGAUCUACUGCCAUUACAAUUUCUAACAACUACUUCACUCACCACAAUGAGGUUAUGUUACUGGGCCAUAGUGAUUCUUAUGUAAGAGACAAGCAGAUGCAAGUCACCAUUGCUUAUAACCAUUUUGGGGAGGGUCUAGUCCAAAGGAUGCCAAGGUGUAGACAUGGAUAUUUUCACGUGGUAAACAAUGAUUAUACCCACUGGGAAAUGUAUGCAAUUGGUGGCAGUGCCGAUCCCACAAUUAACAGCCAAGGCAAUAGAUACCUUGCCCCUCUGGAUCAUUUUGCUAAGGAGGUGACAAAGAGAGUAUUAACAACAGAAUCCACAUGGAAAAAAUGGAAUUGGAGGUCUGAUGGAGACCUUAUGUUGAAUGGUGCCUAUUUCACUUCAUCAGGAGCAGGAAAUGCAGCUAGCUAUGCUAGAGCCUCAAGUUUGGGGGCCAAAUCUUCUUCUUUGGUUGGAACUCUUACGUCUGCUGCUGGUGUUCUUAACUGCCGCAGGGGUUUCAUGUGUUAAUAAUAUGCAAACACUAUCAGCCACCAAUACAAACAAAGGAAAACUCAAUUAGGAAAAGUGAAAAAUAUUAAAUACAGAAGAGAGAGAGAGAGAGAGAGAGAGAUGUAGGAAAGGAAUGCAGAAAGAAAGUUCCUACUUUCCAUUCCUUCUCUUAUUAUUGCGUUGUUACAGAUAUAUUGAGUGAGAUUGCAGCAAUUGGUCAUACCUACUGUUCCUUACUUUUUCUUUU